CUUUCAUUAUUGGCCAUGUCUACACAAGCCAGGAGCAACUCAAGGCGAGCUGCUCCCCUCCAUGCUGCCUCAGGGUGGGGGGCAGCUGCCUCUCAGAGCUGUGCUGGGCACAGCGGGGGCAAACUGCCCACCCCACAGACCGCAUGUGGCCACGGGCCUCCUGUGCCAGCAGAGACCAAUCAACACAACUUGCAGCUCCUAAAAGUGGACACUCAGUCUCCAAGUUUCAGCAGCGGGCAGACGAAGCUGCUCGUCCCGAGGUCCCGGGAGGUCAGACGGAACGUGGCCGAGGUUUUUGGGCGAUCAGACAGAACACGGCGGGGCCGCCACACCGCGGGACGUGCUCCGCCAUGUUCCACAGAGAAGUUUCCGAAGCAAGCCCCGAAUUGCCGGUGCAAACUCGGACGUUCGUGCCCGUCCUCGCCUCCGCCAGCAGCCGAGCGCGGGGCCGCGGCGAGUGAACCCCCCUGGAGGGAAGCAACGCUCCCCGCCGCCCGGCGCCCAGUGCUGGCCCCGUGCCGCCGCUGGGCCUUGCCCGGGCUCCAGCAGCAUCCUGCAGCACCCCCGUUGAGCGCCGCGCCGCCUGCCCGCCUCUACGCUGCGGCCGCCAAAAAUGCAAAAAGAGGUUCACAGAAGGCCAAGCAGGAAGAACUCCAGAAGAAAAAAGGACGUGGCAGGCGGCCGCUGCUGAGCAAGCCUGUGGAUGAUGUGUACUUGACAUGGUACUAUGAGAGACCAUCCUACAAUGUAGAAGAAGCUGUGGGUAUGUUAAAGAAAUUCCGAGAAUUGGACUUCACCUACCCAAAACAGUUUGUGUAUAUUAAUGUGACUCUAGAUAUGGAACUACCGAAGAAGAAAAAAGUGGAUCAGUUUUCAAGCAUUGUUCUUCUUCCGUACCGCUUUACCGAUGAAACAAAUAAGGUCUUGGUUUUUACGGAGAAUGAGCAAGAAGCUGAAAUAGCUCGAGAGAAUGGAGCUGCUGCUGUGGGAGGUGUUGAAUUAAUCAAAUGGAUUUUGGAAGAUGAAAUUCAAAUGGAUUUCUAUGUAGCUGUUCAUGCAAUAGCGCCUAAACUGAUACCAUUGAGGGGCAAGCUAAAACGAAAAUACCCCAGCACAAGAAGAAAUUCCGUGGGCCAUGAUAUUCCCAAAAUGCUACAGUUCUUCAGAGAAGGUCUUGAGUACAUGGUACAAGAUGAGUGUCUAAUCAAGACAAGGAUAGCAAGACUGGAUAUGCCUACUGAACAGAUAAUUGCCAAUGUAAAAACAAUUAUUGAGGAUAUUUGCAAGUUCAAGCCAUCAAGUGCUGGUCCCUUUGUGAAGAAGUUGGUUAUUAGAUCUUCAACCAGUGAGGGCUUACUAUUGAACCUUGAUGGACUUCUCCCUGAGGCAGAGAAAGCUGAAGAAAAAGAAGAAGAAACUGUAGAAGGUGAUGAAGAAAAACCUGUCCAAGAGUCUGUCAGUACCUGAUACCUUUCCUUGUGCAUCUGAUGAUCAAGCUUGGAAAGUAAAUGGUGUCAUUCAAAUAAUACUCUGUGAAAAGAAAAAAAAAAAAUAAAUCUUUGACUUUUACUUUUAAAAUUCUGUGUGACAAGAAAUUGUCCGAAACAGGAACCUGUUGUCCAAACUGAAGACAUCUGAGGUUUCUUCUGUUGGUAGCUGAAAGCUCCCUGAUUUGUGUGUAGUUUUUUUCUUUGCAGAUGAUAAUUCUUAGUCUAAUAAAUGUUAUACUAUAAGUGCUGAGAUAUCACCAUCCAAUUUCCAGUUACAGCUGAAAGGCCAGCACACCUUAUAUCCGCAAUGCUGGGUUUUGUACUCUGUGGAAAUUGCAGAACGUUCAGUAUUUCUGUACGUUAUACUCAGUCCCACACAGAGAAACUAAUGCACUUCCUUGUGAGAAGCUGCUGUAUAACUUGCAAAGAGAAGGAAGCUAGGUCCUAUUCUCUGCAACAUCAGGGAUGAAUUUGCUUUUGGGUUGGUGGGGGUUGCAUCUUCCUGGUGCUUGUCGUAUCCAACUUUGUUUUCAAUUAAUCUACAUAUAUAGUUACUGGAGUGCUGUAUAGAGAGUUGCUGUUUCACUUGGCACUCUGAAGCUACCUCCUGCUUCUGAAUGCAGGAUGGUCUUUGUGACAAACUGUAGUACUUGAUAUCUUCCCCUCCCCCCGCCUCCCUCCCCCCAAAAAAA